GUUAACAGCGCACUAACAUAGUUAUAAGCAUGUUCUGAAUAUGGGUCUAUAUUUUCUUUAGUAUCUUGUUGGUGCCUAAAGGCUCAAUAUUGGUAAAUUGUGGUUUGAGUCUUCACUAAAAUCUGAUUUUUCUACUGACUCCAGACUGGAACCACAAUUUUGGCAUUCUAUUAGACAAGGAUAGACAUGUGUAUAUAGUUACAGUGAUUAUUAAAUGGUAAAAGAUUAUCAAUAAAUAUCAGGAAAUUGCUAUUGUGAGUAGAAAUUAUAAAGAAGCUAUAGGUUCCAUGGCAUUUCCACUAAAUGAUCAGGUCUACACGAAAUCCUUCACUCCCAGGGAGUACCAAGUAGAACUUCUUUAUGCGGCCAAAGAAAAGAACAUAAUUAUCUGUUUGGGAAAGAAUUUUGAGCAAACCUUCAUUGUUAUAAAACUGAUUCAAGAGUUUGCUACUAAUAAUAGAAGGUUAAUAAGUAAAGGUGGGAAACGGGCAAUAUAUAUAUUAAACAAUGAAGAUAAAUGUGUAAUAAAAGCAACUUAUAUAAAGCAAUUAACAGAUCUGAAAGUAUUAGUAUGUGAUUCUGUACCUGAGGACUUUGCUGAAAGUUUUGAAAGUUCUCAUGUAUUGGUUGGAACUCCAAAAGUCUACACACAGUUGAUAUCAGAAAAAAAACUUUUACCAUGUCAUAUAAAUCUAGUCAUAGUGGAUGAGUGCCAUAAGUCUAAUGAAGACAGCAAUCUAAAGUUUAUUCUUCAAACUUUUUUAUUAUGCAACAAUGUUCCUAGAAUCAUUGGAUUAGCAGUACCUUUGUUUAAUUUAACGGAGGCACCUGGAAGAUUGGGCCUAGAAAUAGAGAAAGUAGAGGCUACUUUCCAGUGUGGUGUAGAAACCACAAAUGAUAUCCUUUCAAUAAUACGUUAUAGUCCAAAACCAAGAGAAUAUGUGGUGGAAUACUCUAAAGGAGAGAAGGGGGAUUUAUACAAUACGCUUGAAAAUUUGGUGCUAGAUGCCACUGAAUUUUUACGUGAUCAUCGCUAUGAUCCUACUGAGAUUUACAAUGAUGAAUUUUUUGAGGAUAUUCAAAAAAUUCCUGAUCCAAGAGAGAAGCCUUUGGAGAUGAUGCAGGACUUUUUGUAUAUACUGGAAACUCUUGGACCAUGGUGUGCGGAUCGUGCUGCCUUGGCAUUGUUAAUUUUAACAGAAAAAUUAAAAAUCAAAACUCCUUAUGAAAGACAUUAUCUCCUAUUAAAUAUGGUGGCAUCUGUUUUCAUAAAGAUUCGUGCUGUUUGUGAUAAUACUUUUCAAUGUAUAUCUGAGAAAGAAAAGAUAUAUCAGUAUAGUACUCCAAAAGUUCAUAGAUUGUUACAAAUCUUAAAAACUUAUACUCCUUUUUAUACUAAAGAGAAUAAUACCCCAGAGAAGAAAAUAAAUGCUGAUGUUAAUUCAAAAAAUUGUCUCGUGAGAAAUGACAAGGAUGUUAUUAAUUCGAGAACUCAGGAUAAAUCAGUGCAGCCAAAAAAAUUUGGGGGUAAUUGGAAAUUAAAUGAUGAUAAUUAUAAAAAAAACUCCAAAUCACGUUACCUGUAUGGUAGUACAGACCCAGAUUUACUUUGUGGAAUAAUUUUUGUGGAUAAAGGGUUCACAGCUAAAAUUUUAUUUUAUUUGUUAAAUGAAAUAUAUAAACAUGAUGAAGAUUUGCAAUUUUUAUCACCUCUUUAUACAAUUGAAAGGACUACUGAUGACGUUGGUUAUUCAAGAGAUUUAGAAAUGGAACAUAGGAAACAAGAAGAAGUUUUAAAGCGAUUCAGAAUUCAUGAAUGUAAUUUAUUGAUUGCAACCUCGAUCUUGGAGGAAGGAAUCGACAUCCCGAAGUGUAAUUUUGUUAUGAGAUACGACUUCCCUAAAAAUUAUCAGUCGUAUGUACAAUGUAAGAGCAGAGCAAGAGCUAUAGAUGCCUUGCAUGUAUUAUUAGUACCUCAGAAAAUAUCUAAAGAAUUGAUAUGGCAAUUAGCACAAUAUCAAUAUAUAGAAAAGACUUUAUUACUCAAGUGUUCUAAUAAAGAGCUAACUGAGAAAGAGGAGACUGGAGCGGACAUGUACGCUGCGAUGAUACCACAUUACAAACCGCUCGAUGGCGACGAUGCUCCUAAAGUCACUUUUAACUCUGCUAUCUCGUUAGUGAACAGGUACUGUGCGAAGCUACCUAGCGACACAUUCACGAGAUUAACACCAGAAUGGUCUAUUGAAACAGUUAAUAUCAACGAAGUUACGAUGUAUACUUGUUCUCUGCGACUUCCUAUAAACUCACCAAUGAAAUAUGUAGUUACGUCGUACCCAAUGCCAAACAGAGCGAUGGCCAGACGUAUGGCUGCCUUGCAAUUAUGCAUCGACCUACAUCGAGGAAAUGAGAUAGACGAUAACUUGUUACCUAUUGGAAAGGAGAACUUCAAAGCAAAGCCUGAAGAUGCUGAAGUGCCUGCUCUACCGGACGAGAGCAGGGCUGACUUUUCGGAAGCUAGACCUGGUACAACAAAACGUAGACAAUAUUAUUACAAAAAGACAGCUGAAGCAUUGACAGAUUGUAGGCCAAUAGUCGGAGUACCGUCUUAUCUAUAUCAUAUUAAUAUGGUAUUAAGUUGUCCUCUACCAGAGGAACAAAAUACACGCGGCAGACGUAUUUAUCCUCCUGAAGAAUCAGCCAUUGGAUUUGGCAUACUUACGUUGAAAGAGAUACCAAAGCUGUGUCCAUUUCCUAUUUAUACUAGAUCCGGAGAAGUUCACGUGCAAUUGAAACUUAGCAAGCAGACUGUGAUUCUGGACGACGUUCAGAUUGAAAGAGUCGCCACUUUCCUUAACUAUACCUUCACGAAUGUCUUGAGACUGCAGAAAUAUUUAAUGCUCUUUGAUCCGAAUGCUUCGGAAAACUCGUAUAUAAUUGUACCGGUUAAAAUAGUUACAACAAAUGAAGGAUCAGAUAUUAGUGUAGAUUGGGAUUUUCUGGAAUGUAUUUACCAGAAUCGAAAUGCGGUACCGACUAAGGUACCGGAAGAAGUUAGGAAAAAUUUUAAGUUCGAUCCAUCGAAAUAUUACGAUGCUGUGAUCAUGCCAUGGUACAGAAGCCAGGACCAACCACAGUAUUUUUAUGUAGCGGAAAUAUGUACAAAUUUGAAUCCAAAGUCUUCUUUUCCCGGAGACGAUUAUAGCACUUUCGAGGAAUAUUACUUGAAGAAAUACGAUAUACAAAUACAAAAUCUCGAACAAUCGUUAUUGGACGUGGAUCAUACAUCAGCUAGGUUAAACUUUUUAACUCCUAGAUAUGUUAAUCGUAAAGGUGUCGCAUUGCCUACGAGUAGCGAAGAGACGAAGCGCGCGAAAAGAGAAAAUUUAGAGCAGAAACAGAUUCUCGUUGCUGAGUUAUGUGCCAUUCAUCCCUUCCCAGCUUCUCUAUGGAGACAAGCUGUCUGCUUACCCUGUAUAUUAUAUAGAAUUAAUGCUUUGUUGCUUGCCAACCAGAUACGGUGCCAAGUUGCACAAAUGAUAAACUUAGGGCAACAAAAUUUAAGUUCAGAUUUCGAAUGGUCAGCAUUAGAUUUCGGAUGGAGUUUGGCAGAAGUGUUGAAAAAGUCAAAGGAAGCGGAGAAAGCGAAGCAGGCAAAAAAUGAAAGCACACUAAACAAUUGCAACAUGGUCUCUGAUAUGUGCCAAAAUUCGUCAAAUCAAGAUCAUGUGUCGUGUUAUGAGACCGGGAAGCAAUUGGAAUUAUUUGAUAAUACGAGAAUUGAGGAGGAAGAGAAUGCUGACGAGAAGAAUGACGAACUAGAGAUCGGUACAUGGUCAAACGAUAUGGCGAUGAACUCGAUGGAUUUUGAUACGGACAAUCUUAAGCCAUUUCCCCUGAAUUUGACUGUCUUGCCGCAGAACUUUGAGUGGAAUGACAUUCGAUACGGCUCACCGGCGUAUGAAUCUGAUUUCGACGGUUACGAGUCUGACGACACGUACAGCGAUGGAUAUGCAGACAUGUCCGACGAGAGCGAAGAUGAGAGUAGAGGUCUGAAGAUCUCUUACAUGGGCGAGAAUGUCGCCGAAGCUGUGGAGGACGAGAGAGAGAUAUGCAAGCAGGAAAUCAACAAGAAAAUCUUGGAUCUCCUGGAGACUGAGAAGAAUUCUGACAAUAAUCUCUGGGUAUAUGCGGAGAAAGAUGAGAAGUUGUUGCUGGCGAAACACGAGCAGGCGCACUACGAAUUCGCCAAGCAAAAGGAGCACGAUAUAAUAAACGACGGUACCUUUAUAUCUUGUGAUUCUGAAAUUGUGAUCAAGAGGAAGGACUCGCUGAGUUGCCCGAUCUCUGAGGAACGACCAGAUUACAAGCAUAAGGAUUAUAUCGGGACAGUUGUAGAGAGAUUCACUGACGAAGUAUUGAAUAAAAAUUCUUUCGAGUCCACUGAAAUAGUGAAGAAAAGGAUCCAUAAGCUGGAUGAGACGAAUUACUUACAUAGCGAUCUUUUUAGUUUCGAUUACCAGCCAGAAUUGAGAGGCCAUCCAGGGCCGAGUCCUAGUUUAAUUCUGCAAGCUUUAACGAUGUCUAACGCGAAUGACGGCAUUAAUUUAGAACGCUUGGAGACGAUCGGUGAUUCUUUUCUCAAAUACGCUAUAACUACAUAUUUGUAUUGUACGUAUGACAAUAUCCAUGAGGGAAAACUUAGUCAUUUAAGAUCAAAACAGGUUAGCAAUUUAAAUCUAUACAGACUCGGGAGGCAAAAGAUGCUUGGUGAGAGUAUGAUAGCAACUAAAUUUGAGCCACACGACAAUUGGCUGCCUCCUUGUUACUACGUUCCCAAAGAGCUUGAGCAAGCACUCAUCGAGUCGGGCGUCCCGUUCGCCCUGUGGAAUCAAGCCGACAUUCCGACUUUGCAAGCUGUGAAUCCCACCGAGAUUAAUCAACUCGUUAAAGAGACUGAAGAGAAACUUGUGAUCAUGAAAAGCGAAUUAGAUAAGAAUGAGAGUAAACUGUCGUGCAAUUUAGACAAUAUGCGGUGUUUCAUACCGUACAAUCUGAUCACGCAGCACAGUAUCCCGGAUAAGAGUAUCGCGGACUGCGUGGAAGCUUUAAUAGGAGCAUAUUUAAUUGCAUGCGGACCACGUGGAGCGCUUCUUUUCAUGGCCUGGUUAGGAAUUCACGUUCUGCCUACCGAGGAAGUUCAAAUAGUAAGCGAAGACGAACCAGAAGAGAGGAUACCCGGUAGCAUACCGUACGUGAAGGAAACCAGCGAACACGGCGAAAUCGUGUGGACGCAAAUUCGUUACGGAAAGUUGGAAGAGCCGCAAAAUCCAUUGCUUCGAUACAUUCCUGAUCCAGAAGGCGAGUUGUGUAUGAUGCUCGAUGGAUAUGAGGAAUUAGAAAAAAGUAUAGGAUACAAAUUUCGUGAUAGUAGUUAUCUCCUGCAGGCUUUUACGCACGCCUCCUAUCAACCGAACAGACUAACGGAUUGUUAUCAGCGUUUGGAAUUUCUCGGCGAUGCUGUGCUAGAUUAUUUGAUAACUAGACAUUUGUAUGAAGAUUCUCGACAACAUUCGCCAGGUGCUUUAACAGAUCUAAGGUCUGCUUUAGUUAAUAAUACAAUAUUCGCUUCUCUGGCCGUGAGAUGUGGCUUUCAUAAGUAUUUCCGUCAUCUAUCUCCUGGAUUGAGCGUGGUGAUAAAUCGCUUUGUCAGAAUACAAGAGGAGAAUGGACAUUCCAUUAGCGAAGAAUAUUACCUGAUCGGCAAGGAAGAAUGCGAGGAAGCCGAGGAUGUAGAAGUACCGAAGGCCUUGGGUGACGUAUUCGAGUCGUUAGCCGGUGCUAUCUACUUGGAUAGCGGAAUGUCUCUCGAUGCGGUGUGGAGUGUUUAUUACACGAUAAUGAAGUCAGAAAUUGAACAAUUUAGCACGAAUGUUCCCAAGUCACCAAUCCGUGAACUAUUGGAAUUGGAGCCUGAAACGGCAAAGUUUGGAAAGCCUGAGAAAUUAGCCGACGGCCGCAGAGUCCGAGUGACGGUGGAUGUAUUUGGCAAAGGCUCGUUUAAAGGAAUCGGACGGAACUAUAGGAUCGCGAAGUGUACAGCAGCCAAGUGCGCCUUGAAGAAAUUGAAAAGGAUACAGAUCUAUCCGAGAGAGAAACUGUGACGUUUAAUGUAGCUUUAACAAAAUGAAAGGAACACGGGAUAUACGAAACUUUUAUUCUUCAAAAAACUGUUGGCGUAUAUAUAUAUAUAUUUCGAGAUUAUUGUGUUCAUCAGCGUACUUAUAAAUUUACAAUGUUAAAAAGUAGCCUCUUUAUUUGAGUAUACAACAUUGUAUCAGUACAAAAUUAUGAUUUAGAUAGACGUGAGUCUUAACAAAAAGAGUUGCUCUUUAUCUGAGCUUGAGUUUAAUUGCGCUGACAGUUGACGAAAUAUACUGAAUGCAAUAUGAUGCAUGCAUGAGUGAAUGGAUAUGAUAAUUGAGACGCGCGCGCGAAUAUCUUAAAACAUUUUUAUUACAGAAUACACAAUGGACUUGUGUAUACAUAUUUUCGGCAAUCGAUUGACUGUCAGUAUUAGAUUGUAACUUAUUUUUUUAACUUAUUCUUUUUCAAAGGCUCGCGUUUACAACAUUAAUAUGCUGCAAUAUAA